UCCUCCUCACAGGAGAAGAAGAAGUAAGGAUGACCCUCCAUUCAUGGGAGGAGAGAGUCCUGGUCCAGCGCCCCCAGUGUCUCCUGCUGUGUCUGAGCUGAGGCUGGUGCUGCUGGGGGGGAGCACAGCUGGGAAGAGGGCAGCAGGAAACACCAUCCUGGGCACAGAGGAGUUUGGGAGGCAGGCCAGCACACACACAUCCACAGAGACCCAGCACAGUGAGAGCAGACAGGGGGAGGUGGCUGGGAGACGGGUGACCGUGGUGGAAACUCCUGACUGGUUCUGCAGUGGACUCUCUGAGAAGGACCUAAGACAGGAUGUGGGGCUUUGUGUCAGUCUUUCUGCCCCAGGAUCUCACGCCUUCCUCUUGGUGAUUCCAGUGGAGCCGUCUGAAGGAGAGGAGAUAAGAAUGCUGGAGAAAAUGGAGGAUAUGUUUGGGGAGGGCUGUUGGGGACACACACUGAUCCUCUUCACCCAUGCUGAGGGGCUGAGAGAGAGGAGUGUGGAGGAGUUGCUCCAGACAGGGAGCCAGGAGCUCCAGCAGCUGGUAGAGAAAUGUGGGAACAGGUGUCACCUUCUCAACGUUAAGGACAGGCCUGACGACACUAAGAUCACACAGCUGCUAGAGAAGAUAGAAGAGAUGGUGUCAGGAAACAGAGAGAGAUUCUACAGCAGUGAGACCUACCAGGAGGCAGAGAAACAGCUCAGAGUGAUAGAGAGAAGAAUACAGAAAGAACGAGAGGUGGAGGAGAGGAAACUGAGGGAGGAGAGAGAGAGAAGAGAGGAACUUGCUAAAAAUGUUCAGGAGUCUCUGAAGAUGAUGGAGGGAGAGAUUCAACAGCAUGAAGGAGAAAUUAGAAUAUUGAAUGAAAGAACAACAGAGCUGGAGAGAAAUAUGAAAGAAGAGAGGGAUGAGGAGAAGAAGAGGGAGAUGGAGAGAGAGUUAAAGAGAGAGAUUACACAGACUUAUGAGUGGCUUCCAUGA